AUGCGAGUAGUAUGCAUUGCCGAGAAAAAUUCAAUUGCAAAAGCCGUUUCAGGGAUAUUGGGAGGUGGACGCUGCACGAGAAGAGAUAGCCCGCACAAGUACAUCAAGAACUACGACUUCAGUUUUGAUUUCCCAUUUGCGGGCCUUAGCAAUGUAACGAUGACAUCAGUGGCCGGCCAUUUGACAGGUUUAGAUUUGGAUCCGGCUCACGCAUGGGGAAAGUGCCCUAUCCCUACUGUCUUCGAGGCACCGAUUGUCGACACACGAACAAAAGAUCAGCAGAAAAUAGCAGAUAACAUACGAAAAGAGUCUAGAAAUGCUGACUAUGUGAUGAUAUGGACCGAUUGCGAUAGGGAAGGAGAGUACAUUGGAUGGGAAAUUGUUCAGACUUCCUUACAAGCCAACAGGUCUUUACAAGGAAGGGUUUUCAGAGCAGUUUUCUCGCAUCUGGAGGCUCGCCAUAUUCUGCAGGCGGCAAGAAACCCACAAAGACUCGAUCAGCGUGCAGUGGAUGCAGUAAGAACACGUAUGGAGAUUGACCUGAGGUCAGGUGUUGCAUUCACAAGAUUCUUGACGGAGCUGCUUGGGUCAAAGAUCGAGCGGGACUCGAAUGGCAAGAAGAAGCAACGACCUGUGAUAUCAUAUGGAACUUGCCAAUUUCCAACAUUGGGUUUCGUGGUUGAUAGAUACGAAAGAAUACGACGUUUCGUACCUGAAACUUUCUGGUACCUGCAAAUAUCUAUCGCAAACGGAAGCGAGACAACUUCAUUUCAAUGGGACAGAGGUCAUUUAUUUGAUAGGUUAACAGUAGCGGUUUUGUAUGAAAUGUGCGUGAAAUCAGCUGACCUAAAGGCUGAGGUAGUUGAUGUUAAAUCUAAACCAACUUCUAAGUGGAGACCUCUUCCCUUAACAACUGUGGAGCUGCAGAAGAACUGUUCGCGAUUCUUUAAGAUGAGUGCUAAAACAUCGUUGGAUGCCGCCGAAAAAUUAUACCAAAAAGGGUUUAUAUCUUAUCCUAGAACUGAAACCGAUACUUUCCCCAAUAACAUGAAUCUCGAAGCCCUAGUCGAGCAACAAACCUCCGAUUCGCGGUGGAGUACGUACGCACAGAAUUUAUUAUCUGGAAAUGGAACAAAUAAAUUUAGAUGGCCGAGGUCGGGGAAACAUGACGAUAAAGCACACCCUCCCAUAUAUCCGAUUGUAAGCUGCGGUCAAAGCUUAGACAAUGAGGCAGAGAAGAAAGUUUACGAGUACGUAACGCGACAUUUUUUAGCGUGCUGUUCUGAAGACUCCAAGGGCCAUUCCACUACGAUUACAUUGAAAUGGGGGCCCGAAAAAUUCACUGCAAGCGGAAUAGUGGUCUUAGAAAGGAACUUCCUGGACAUCUAUCAUUGGAUGAAAUGGGAAACUACAAAAGAGCUUCCCCAUCUGGAGAUUGGACAAGAAGUUGAACUUGCAACACAUGUUAUGAAGGAUGGAACAACUUCUCCUCCAAACCAAAUGACUGAAAGUGAGCUAAUUUUGCUAAUGGAUGCAAAUGGGAUAGGAACGGAUGCUACAAUAGCUGAGCAUAUUGAGAAAAUUCAACAGAGAGAAUAUAUCAAGAAAAAAAAAGUAAACAAACAAACGUAUUUAAUACCCACCAGUCUGGGAAUUGCAUUAGUCCACGGGUUUGAGGCAAUUGGUCUUGAAGACUCUUUUGCAAAACCUUUUUUAAGAAGGCAAAUGGAAGUUGACCUAAAACUAAUAUGCGACGGGAAUAAAAACAAAAACGAUGUGGUGAAUGAGAUCAUUACCAAGUACCAAGAAUACUACGGCUUAACUUCUAGAAAUCAAAACAAACUUAUUGACGUUUACAACAACAUUAAAUCUAUAAUGUAA